GACUAUCGAUAUUGUUCACUGUAGGAAUGCGCUUAAUCAGUUGACUGCAGACAUCGUGACAUGGAGACCGUGGGAAUCCGCCAUUGGUGUUCUUGACUCUGAUGUUGGUCGCAGGGCUGUGGAGCUUUCAAACAAAAGGGUUAUAUUUACUUGGAUUGGCAAGAAUAUGUGGUACCUAGGAGAACGAUCUUGGAGGCAAAAUCAUCCUACUUUUGGAAUUCCUAGAAAUCCACCAUUUAAAAUUGGCGAGGUCAGUCAUGAGAAAGCAAAACUUGUGAAAGAAGCUGGAUGGGUAGAUGCAAAUAUGUUUGUGAAAGCUGUUUCAUAUAAUAUGUAUCUGCGAUAUUGGCGACAUGUAACUAACUUCCAUCAAUUCGUGACCAAAGUCGAUUGGGUAGUUGAAUUACACGGGGUUGAUGGUGACCGUGUUAAACACCUUAUUCAACGACCUGCUCAGCAUGUACCUAUUCCACCACACAACAAUUAUCAUACCCUGAAGCUUAUAAUCUAGUUCAAGAACAUGCCGAUUUUAAUCGUGCGUUUCGCGAGUUUGUAUUAUAUGAAACGGAAGACAGGAUGAUACGUUUAAAGGCAAAAGAUGAAGUAAUACGAGGCCUUGCAGCUCGUAACAAUUACCUGGAGGAUCAGAUGCAAUUCCGUAUGCAACAAACGCCGCGUCCCCCUAUUGGAUUCGGCAGUUUUUCUGAAAC